UGCGCCGGGUUUUUCAGCACUUCCUUCUCGCAUUCGACAGAUAGUAUCCAUUCAUUUUUUUGGAGUAUCCGAGAAAAAUAAUCGAACUAGCGACGAUAAAAUAGACGUUAUUUUAAAUAGACAUGCUAUUAAAUAACUAGAAUAUACCGUGAUCGGAGGAACUUUUGAAUUACCAAUUGACUGUCCCGCGCCCGCCCUCUAUACAUUUGGUGCGCGCGCUAAUUAGCUUAGGUUAGCUCCUCAGAGCAUUCUUCAGAAACGGCUACAAUCACGAUUGGAUGUACUCCUGCCCCACUGCAGUAAUAGUUACACAAUGGCAGUCUCCUCAUUCGGCCUGACUACUGGGCUCCAAAGAAAUUACAACAGAAUAAUUAUAAUUACAGGAUAGCAUUAGCCGUAUAUUAUUACAAUACAAUACCUAAUUAUUUUCUGGGUAAGUCCAGAUCUGUUAGAAAUUUGCACUGUAAGAAAAAAUUGCCUGUUGGACAGGUAGCCCUAGGAUUAUUUAUCUUUACCUCUUAGUGAUUUAACCCUUACAUUGUGAAGAAAAUAAUUAUGGAUACUGCAACUGCAACUGCAACUGCAAUAAUCCUAGCAGCCACUGCUGGAGUAGUAACAGACACACCACUGACAGAUUACAUGUGGCUGCUGAUUGUUGGCUUUAUCAUUGCCUUUAUCUUAGCUUUUUCUGUUGGGGCCAAUGAUGUAGCAAAUUCUUUUGGUACAGCAGUAGGCUCUGGAGUGGUUACAUUACGGCAGGCAUGCAUUUUGGCUACAGUGUUUGAAACUUUGGGCUCAGUACUUCUCGGAGCCAAAGUGAGUGAAACUAUACGCAAGGGUAUUAUCGACGUGGGCAUGUACAAUGGCUCUGAACAAGUGUUGAUGGCUGGAUCCGUCAGUGCCAUGGUUGGUUCUGCUGUCUGGCAGCUAGCCGCUUCCUUCCUUAAGCUCCCCAUUUCUGGAACACACUGCAUUGUUGGUGCUACUAUUGGCUUCUCACUUGUCGCCAGAGGCCAGCAGGGUGUCAAAUGGUUUGAACUUCUACGAAUUGUGGCUUCUUGGUUCCUGAGCCCUCUUCUUUCUGGUAUUGCAUCUGGAAUAGUUUUUUACUUUGUGCGCAUGUUCAUACUUCAAAAGAAAAAUCCUGUUCCAAAUGGAUUAAAGGCCUUGCCUGUUUUCUAUGCUAUAACGAUGGGAAUCAAUCUGUUCUCCAUCAUGUUCAGUGGAGCUCCGAUGCUUGGAUUUGACAAGGUUCCUUGGUGGGGCAUUCUUCUCAUCUCUUUGGGCUGUUCAUUGCUAACUGCCCUUAUUGUGUGGUUUAUUGUAUGCCCUUGCCUCAAGAAGAAGAUUGAAAGAGAUGUCAAAUCAUCUAGUCCUUCUGAGAGUCCCCUGAUGGAGAAAAAGGAGCUCAGAGAAGCCCACUGUCCAAUACUGAAGCAGUCCUCCAAGGAGUUGUCACCGCCUGCCUCCUCGGCUACAAAUCAAGAUCCUGCAGGUCAGCCCUCAGCUGCCUCUGAGGAGCACAGGGUUGCAUUUGACAUUGGAGAUUCUGAUGAUGUUGACAAUAAUAAAGAACGCAGAGUGGCAUUUGAUAUUGGAGCGUCCGAUGAAACUGAAUACAGCAAUGAAAGCAAUGUUCCAAAACCGGUCCAAUCAAACAACCAGAUCAACCAACAAACAUUCAGUAAUGGUUCCACAAAUGCUACCAACCAAGUGCAAUUCAAUAACAGACCAGGACAGAUCCCCAGCAACGGCUACACACAGUACCACACGGUUCACAAAGACUCUGGCCUUUACAAAGACCUGCUCCACAAACUUCAUUUGGCCAAAGUUGGAGACUGCAUGGGUGAAGGUGGUGAGAGACCAAUCAGACGCAACAACAGCUACACCUCCUACACCAUGGCCAUUAUUGGGAUGCAUGGUGACUUUAAGCACAAGGACGGGGAAUUCCGUGCUAGUGAGAACGGAGAUAAGGGCGCAGGGUCAGCUGGUCAAGAUAGGAAACGCAUUCGUAUGGAUAGUUACACCAGUUACUGCAAUGCUGUAGCUGAGCACACAACCCCAGAGGGCCUUGGAGAGGGAGAGGUGGUGCUGGAUGUAGGAAAGGAGGACGCGGACAGCACUCGGAGCUCUCUGGACGAUGAUGGGCCAGAGGCAGACAAGCCAGAAGUCUCUGUACUUUUCCAGUUUCUUCAAAUCCUCACUGCUUGCUUUGGUUCCUUUGCUCAUGGUGGUAAUGAUGUGAGUAAUGCUAUUGGCCCCUUAGUGGCUUUGUGGCUGGUCUACACAACAAGCAGUGUGAGUUCAAGUAACCCCACCCCCAUCUGGCUGUUGUUGUAUGGUGGAGUAGGCAUCUGUGCUGGUCUUUGGGUUUGGGGACGCAGAGUCAUACAGACGAUGGGGAAGGACUUGACCCCAAUCACUCCCUCAAGUGGUUUCAGCAUCGAAUUGGCUUCAGCUCUGACUGUUGUGAUUGCAUCAAAUAUUGGUUUGCCUGUUUCCACAACACACUGCAAGGUGGGUUCUGUGGUCGCUGUUGGAUGGCUCCGCUCACGAAAAGCUGUGGAUUGGCGCUUGUUCAGGAACAUCUUCAUGGCGUGGUUUGUCACGGUGCCCAUUUCUGGCUUCAUUAGUGCUGCCAUCAUGGCAAUGUUCAUCUAUAGCCCCAUUCUGACUUAGACUUGACGAUCUAUACCAGAUAAUUUAGUGCAAAUCACUAACGUAUGCAGAACAGAAUAUCUUUUGAAGAUCCAACAAACCGCAACAGAGACAUUGGAGACUGCUCCAAUGAGUACCAGUGUUCGAGCCAAGUCAGGAGGCCACAAUGUAUCGCUUACCUUUUAGUCAAUAACUAAAGAGUCAAGAAAAAUUACAUGCAUUAGCCCAUAGUUUUUGGCUACUCCAUUUUUGACCUAAUCUAAAUCCACUGCUUUUGUUUGGAACGUUUAUCUACAGGGAGGAUUGAGGUCAUUUUCCCCUAAACAUUUCCAUAUCUCACAUCUCAUUUUCAUUUGCAGUUUUUACUUUGAAACUUUUGUGUAUAUACACAUGUGCUUUGUUUAAAAUGUGUUGUCUUUUUUUUCCAACUUUGAAAAACAUUCAGUGUUAGUCUUUUGCCAGAGAAGUCACUCUUGUUAACAUACUGACAGUACUGUAAUUGUCAAGCAGUAUUUUUAGGCUUGUGUGUGUAAAAUGAUGCCCUUAACUGUUAAAACUCAUAACAAUAAAUAUAUCAGUUUGAAGCACUGAAUCCUAAAAAACUGGCAAAGCUAAGACCUUACCUGUCAGUAUGUGAUGUAUCCACCCCUGUAUGUGAUCUAUCCACAUCAUCUUUGUUUCUGAUGUACUAAUGCUGUAAACAACUUCAGUUACUGAGACAGAAGAAAUGUAAAGACAAAACAAAAAAACCUGCUAAAACUUGAUUGCAUCAUUGAUGGUUAAAUGCUUUGGGCCUGCCCAAGCCUUGUUCAUUUCAGCUUGUACUGCAUAGGCAUUUUUCUAGAAGACGGCACUGAACAGUUUUUGGUUGCUCUUGCUUACCUUUUUGAAAACCACUGCGUGUAAAAUAAUUUCAUUGGAAGGGGUUCCAAGCGGUUGGAUUGAACUAUAUAUUUAAGAAACUUAUUUGGCAGCAGUACUAAAUGCAUUUUGACCUAUAGAUGCUGUAGAGGCCUUAAUUGUUUUAUUUUCUCUUAGGUACCAAAGACACUUUUUUCUUUUUUUAUGCACAUCAACAUGACAUGGAAAGAAAGUGUAUGAUGGAAAAAAGGUGGAAAAAGCUAUAAAUAAAAGUAAAACAUCCAUAUGUCUAUUGUAUUAAUAAACAAAAGGCACAGCUUUUAAAACUAGGUUUCAGUUGGCCAAAAACCUUAAAUUUAAAGAGAAAAGUCUUGGUCAAACUUAACCUGUUUAGGACAAGUUCUUGCUUGUGCUUUCAUUACUAACUCAAAGUAUGAAUAAUGGGCAGUUGUGACAGCUAACUAAAUAUAAUAUUUAUAGACUCAGGCAAAUGUUGACCUUAAAUCAAGUUGUUUGUUCCAACAGAAGUCAAAAUGAGUUGAACCAUCCUUGUUUUUUCCAGUGGGAGUGGUUGAUGUAACGUAGGCUUUGUUAUACCACAGACAAAAACAAAAGAGACCACAUGGUAUAAAUAGGUGGAAUAGUUCCUCUUUAUUGACGAUGAGCUCAGUAAGGCCCAGUGCAGUGGGCGGGAGGGCGUUCUUUCACUCCUGUUCAUCUAUGAUGCAAAAAAAACAGGAUUCCUUUAUGCUAGCUUUGUAUGACAAAUAGUCUAAUUCUGUAUUUUACUUUCAGGAUUACUAUAAUCUAUGAAUCACAUCUGGUUUAUAGCCCACUCAUGUGAGUCACAGUAUGCAGGUAAUGAAUGGCAGCACCAUAUCAUUAGAUUCACUUUUACUACAGAAGCAAUCCCUUUUGUGAAUUCAAACACUAAACCUGGGAGAAAAAUCAGUAUGCUGCUUACAUACUGGAUAUGAGUUCUUGGUACAUGACCUUUUGUAAUUAUAUUCAAUAAAUUGAUCAGGGCUCCCUUGGGGACAGGGCAGUGCAUCCUUUUUCCGAAAAUAACCAAUAGCAGAUGAUACAGUAUUAAUCAAGCUCAAUAAGCACCUGGGGACACAUGUUUCAGAGUGGCCUGGAUUUUUGUCCUAGAUCUGUAUUUGAACCCAUUCUCUGUGGUGUGCAUAAACAAGCGUACCAUAUUUUUUUUUAGGUCAAACACUGGAUUGUUUAAAACAUAUUUUCAGUCCAAUUUGGGCAGCAACUGUUAUGACUGUGGCUUUGAACAACACAGAAAAAUAAACCUGCUUAGACU